UUAAUAGUACACAAGUGUGCAGUUUGAUGAUAUCUAAUCAAUUGCAAUACUAAUUACCGUUAGUUAGUUAUGGCUUAUGAGGGAGAUAGAUCUCUCGAGCAAACUCCAACAUGGGCUGUUGCGGUAGUCUGCGCCAUGUUUGUGAUCGUCUCUAUUCUUAUUGAGCAUGGCCUUCAUUCUCUUGGCAAGUGGUUCCACAAACGCCACAACAAAGCCAUGAUUGAAGCCUUGGAGAAAAUCAAAGCUGAGUUGAUGCUUUUAGGGUUCAUAUCGCUACUACUUACUGUGGGAAUGACCUAUAUCUCAAAGAUAUGCAUUCCUAUGAAGUUAGGAUACACAAUGCUUCCAUGUAUCAAGAACCACUACAAUGCUGGAGAUACCACAAAAAAGGAUUAUUGUGGUAAAAAAGGCAAAGUGUCACUAAUUUCAUACUCAGGGGUCCAUCAAUUGCAUAUAUUUAUAUUCGUCCUCGCUGUUUUUCACGUCCUAUACAGUGUCAUCAUCAUGGCUCUGGCGCAAGCUAAAGUGAAGAAAUGGAAGGAUUGGGAGUCAGAAACCUCCUCUUUGGAAUAUCAGUUCACAAAUGAUCCAACAAGAUUCAGGUUUACUCAUCAAACUUCAUUUGUGAGACGUCAUGCUGGUUUCUCUAGAACUCCAGGCAUCAGAUGGAUUGUGGCAUUCUUCAGGCAAUUCUUUGGUUCGGUAACAAAGGUGGAUUAUAUGACUAUGCGCCAUGGCUUUAUCAACAAACAUUUUGCUCCAAAUAGCAAAUUCGAUUUCCAUAAAUACAUCAAGAGAUCUAUGGAAGAUGACUUCAAGGUGGUUGUGGGAAUAAGUAUUCCACUCUGGAUUUUCGCUUUCAUCUUACUGCUUCUGAAUGUUUACCGAUGGUACACACUUGCUUGGAUCUCCUUGGUGCCACUCAGUAUACUUCUGUUAGUGGGCACAAAACUGGAACUAGUUAUAACGGAGAUGGCUCAACAGAUUGAUGACCGGACUAGUGUAGUCAGAGGAGCUCCAACUGUGGAACCAAGCAACAGUUUUUUCUGGUUUAAUAGACCCCAGUGGAUCCUCAUCUUGAUCCAUCUUACCUUGUUCCAGAAUGCGUUCCAGAUGGCAUAUUUCUUAUGGACAUGGUAUGAGUUCGGGUUUAAAUCAUGCUUCCACGAAAGCUUGUACAUACUUUUGCCAAGAAUUUUGCUCGGGGUAGCCCUGCAGUUCGUGUGCAGCUACAUUACCUUCCCUCUUUAUGCCUUGGUGACUCAAAUGGGAUCUCACAUGAAGAAAGCAAUUUUUGAGGAGCAGACAGCAAAGGCUCUGAAGAAAUGGCAAAAGGCUGCUAAGGAUAGAAAGAAACUAAGAAAAAAGGAAGGAGGAACACAAGAUAAUUCUGUUUCUGGGUUAACGAGUGGUGAAAAUACACCAAGCCGAGGCUCAUCACCCGUAUAUUUGCUCCACAAGCACAAAGUAUCCUCAAGUGCAGGACCAGAACUCGAAAGUGUUCCCAGUUCUCCGAGAUCUUACCAAUCUGAUCUUGAUACUGAGCUCUCAGAAACUGAGAUUUUCGCUCAUGGUAGGCAUGAUUCAACGACAAGACCUCAUGUUAAAUCACAAAGAAAUGAUCAUGAAUCUCAUAGUAUUGAUUUUUCAUUUGUUAAGCCUUAGACAAAAGUAAAUACAUCUGAUCAUAACAAUCCAAACCAUAGAUAGAUUCAUGUGUUGUUGUUACAAUAAGUUCAUUGACUAUUCUUUUUAGUUUAUGUUUGGAAUUCUUAAUAAAAUGUUAUACACUAAUUGUCCAUUUUCUCUGUAUAUGAUUGGUAGUUGUACUUCCUUCAUGACAAGGCAGGUGGCAGGCCAGCCACUUCUGAGGAUUGGCUUGUUAGUUGUGACCAAAUUUUUGAAUAAAGAAAUUUCCAUUUUCAGUUGGUGCAACUAAAUUUCUAUGAAGGUGUCAUUUUGAAGUGAUUCUUA